CGGGUUCAGAGCUGGCAACAACACGAUUUGUCAACAAAACGUUCUGGGACCAGGUUGUCCUGGCACCAGGUCCUGCUGACAACGGGACGUUUUGGCAACAGGAUGUGCUCGGCUUGGUCAGGUUCAUCGAUAUAACAUCCAAUGGCAGCACAACCUUUGAGAGAGUGGAAAACUGGUCUCUUUGACUGUUUCGAGGACGCGAGUACUUGUUGCUAUGGCUUCUGGUGCUGCCCUUGCCUCGCCUGCACGGUUUCAGGAAGAGUAGGAGAGAACAGUUGCCUCCCCUUAUGCGACUUGUGCAGCGUUGCUGUGGGAGCCGGCUGUGGGAUAUAUAUAUUGGUUCCCCCCGUGGCUGUGAGUCUCCGGUCCUCCAUUCGGAGCAGAUACGGCAUCAAGGGCUCCAUCUGUGAUGACAUCGCCAUUUCCUGUUUCUGUUUGACCUGCUCCUGGUGUCAGAUGCAUCGUGAGAUAAAAGAUCUCAAUAAGAACCGCGUGGCCAUCAUCAACACGCAGCCGUUGCCAGUGAUGAUGAUGGCGCAACCCGCUAUGAUGAUGGCACAACCCCCAAUGGCUGUGAUCCAACAUGGGGUCAUCGUGACGUCAUAAUGAGAUUUGCAGCUUCUCCAUAACAAUUUCGGAUCUGAAUUUUUAAUUCUGAUCAGAUCCUGCUGCUGAUUGACUUGAGGGUGAAAAGAAUAAUCACAUGGAUAGAUUAAUAACAUAAUAAUAGAGUUGGGCCUCUGUUAUAGUACCUCAUUUCAUUUUUUUAUUGUGUCAAAUACAAAUUGAAGAAAUGUAUCAUUCAAAGUCAAAAGGUGGUUUCAGUUCAAUCUGAAAUGUGGAGGUUAAUCAACCCGAUCUGAUCAAUAAGUUGAAAUUUCACAUUUAAAAAUAAAAUAAUGUGAAUCAUUUUGUAUUUUAUUUAUUCUUAAUAAAUGAUUAAUUUAGUUGUUUCUGAUUAUUAUUUGUUUGGAGCUCUGUGUAGCAGCUGUUUUUAAAAGGUGCCAUAUAGAUUUAUUAUCAUUUCUAUACCCAGUUGCAGUGACGUUUCUACAUUAGGGGCACGUGGGGAACUGCCCCACCAGAUCCAGAUGGCGCUGUUGUGCAGAAAGCUCAAUACAUCUGUACUUUGUGGCAAAAUACAUUUUUAUUUUAUUUUAUAUGCAAAGUAUUGUGGAUGUGUGUGUGAAUAAACUUGACUCACAAGCAUUA